AUGGACACAGGUGAAGUCGAGAAAUUAGUAAAACAGAGACUUAAAGAUGAAAAACAAGGCAAUGAAAUUCGGAUUUUACAAGACAAAAUUUCAGAAAUUAAGGAAUUUAGAGAUAAACUUCAGACUUUGGAGGGCCAUACCAGAGAUUUAACUUCAGAAAUUAAGGAAUCUAGAAAUAAAUUUCAGACUUUGGAGGGCCAUACCAGUGAUUUAACUUCAGAAAUUAAGGAAUUUAGAAAUAAAUUUCAGACUUUGGAGGGCCAUACCA